UUCUCAGGUUGUACUUGCACAGAACACACGUUUCGCAUUGCAUUCUAAUUAAAAUACCUGCAUUAUAUAAUUUAAACUCUUGAGAAUGACAUCAAUUGAAAGUCUUCUAGCGCUUGAUGACAAGGAUAAGCACAUAUAUGAAGUAAAAGUGUCACUUGUAGUGGAAAAAAUAGGUGACAGAUAUCCACAAUACUUUCAAGAAGAAUUCAUUGUAGGAGCACUAAAUAAACCGAAAACUAAAGGCUUUCUGUUAGCAGAAUCAAAUCCUCGUAAAGUAGGUAAUAUAUAUGUAAGCUGCAUAGCUUUAACUGUCGCUCUUGAUGCUCCUCAUAAUCCAGAAAGAGAACACUUGGUUAAAUUUGAUGUUGGAGCAACAUCAAAUAGUAUUCACAACAUUCGUAAUGUAAUAUUUUUCAAAGAUUAUUUUAUAUUUAAACGUGCUGUUAAAGAAACAAUGACACAUUUCACUGAUAUGCCUAACACGUCUCAAAUGAUCAUAACUGCCACGGUCACAGUAAUUGAAAAUAGACGGCCUGCGAAAAUAGACUGUAAUGAAUUUGAAGAUCUCAUUUCUGAAAAUAAAGCUCGAGCUUUGUCAGCCCUGGAGGAGCUUUACUUAGAUCAAGAAACUUCAGACUUCACAUUUAUAGUGGGAGAUGCAACGUUUCCAGUCCAUAAAGCCAUUCUUUCGAGUCGCAGCUCCGUUUUUAAAAAAAUGUUUACUGGAAGCUUUUUAGAAAAAUCAUCACAAUCUCAAAAAGUUUCCGAUGUCAGCGUUGAAGCUUUUGGUGAAAUGCUUCGUUUCCUUUAUACUUGUAAAAUUCAAAAUUUAGAUUACGUCGAUGAACUUCUUGCAAUUGCACAUCGAUAUCAGCUUACAAAAUUACAAAAAAAUUGUGAAUUUCAUAUGAUGAAUAAUAUUGAUGAUACAAAUGCGUAUAACGUCUUCCAACUGUCUCAUCGUUAUCGUUGCAGUAUUGAACUCAAACAAAAAUCUUUCAAAGUUUUGAAGAGUGUUUCAACGACAAUGAAGAUUUUCCUAUUUAUUUUACCGUCAUUCAUUACAAUCGUGUUUUCUUUCUCAAAUAUUGAUGAAGUUGCGAAUCAAUCUACCAGACAGCAAGAGGCAAUAGCUGACAUCCUUUCACACUUCCCGAGCUUAAAAGAUGAAAUUCAUAAAAUUGUUGAUUUGAUAAUAAAGUCAAAAGUAUUCGAAAAUAUCGAAAAUGAUUUUCCGCAGGUUUUCAAGUUAUCAAGAAAGGCAGAGAAGCUCGUCGAUUUGCGAAGUAAACUCAAUUUUUGUGAACCUGAUUGCGAGAAAGACGUUUUGAAUGAUUACGAUGAUCUCAUAAUGACAUCGAUUGAAAGUCUUCUAGCACUUGAUGACAAGGAUAAGCGCAUCUAUGAAGUAAAAGUGUCACGUGUGUUGAAAAAUCUAAGUAAUGGUUAUUCAGAAAGCUUUAAAGAAGAAUUCAUUGUAGGAGCACUAAAUAAACAGAUAACUAAAGGCUUUCUGUUAGUAAAAUCCACUCGUCAUCAUUCUGGUUAUAAUUAUUAUAGAAGUGUCAUAUCUGUAACUGUCGUUAUUAAUGCCCCACACAAUCCAAAACGAGAGCGCUUGGUUAAAUUUGAUGUUAGAGCAACAUCAGAUAAUAUAGACAACAUUAAUGAUAAAAAAUUUUUCAAAGAUUAUUUUAAAUUUAAUGGUUCUAUUGAAGAAACAAAGGCAGAUUUCGCUGAUAUGCCCAACACCUCUGAAAUGAUCAUAACUGCUACGAUCACUGUCUUUGAAAAAAGAUUGAGUUACUGUUACGAGUUUGAAGAAGAUCUUAUUUCUGGAAAUAAGGCUCGAACUUUGUCAGCCCUGGAGGAGCUUUACUUAGAUCAAGAAACUUCAGACUUCACAUUUAUAGUGGGAGAUGCAACAUUUCCAGUCCAUAAAGCCAUUCUUUCUAGUCGUAGCCCCGUUUUUAAAAAAAUGUUUACAGGAAGCUUUUUAGAAAAUUCAUCACAAUCUCAAAAAGUUUCCGAUGUCAGCGUUGAAGCUUUUGGUGAAAUGCUUCGUUUCCUUUAUACUUGUAAAAUUCAAAAUUUAGAUUACGUGGACGAACUUCUUGCAAUUGCACAUCGAUAUCAGCUUACAGAUUUACAAAAAACUUGUGAAUUUCAUAUAAUGAAUAAUAUUGAUGAUAUGAAUGCGUAUGACGUCUUUCAACUGUGUCAUCGCUAUCAUUGCAGUAUUGAACUCAAACAAAAAUCUUUCAAAGUUCUAAACAGUAGUCAAUUCCAUAAACUCAAUUUAAAAAUACCUGAUAAAUUCUUAAAUCAACCAGAAAAAGUGCGCGAUGCUUAUGAAGCAAAGAAUCAUAUAGAAAAAAUAUUUCUUGGAUUGAAUGAAGCUGUUAUAAAUUGUGCUGAUGACAAUAAAAAUGAUGGCAGCAAGGCUUCAAAUUAAUACCAUAAAUUCAUCAAAGAAAACUAAUUAACAAAUUUGUUCUGAAAGACUAACAGCACAAAUUAAUAAUGAAA